CUCGAUUCGCAAGCAAGAUGGAACUGCAGAUCCAUGUGCGGCGGGCGCGCGCCUUUCUCUUCCAUUCCCUCUCGCUCGGCAGUGCAUCGCUGGAUGCAGACGCCUUGGAGCUUCGUGUACAAUGCACGAUCAAUGGCGAGCUGAGGAGCAGUGGAAGUGGAAAGCGAGGCAACGCCAAGAGCAAAAAUGCCGACGGGUACAUCUGGCGCCAAGACUCGGGUGUGAUCAAGUGGUAUCUCACGGCCAAGGAGCUGAAAGCGCUCAAGAGCAAAGCGCCGACGCUCAAGCUGUACGUAUUCGGCAUUGGCGACGAAGUGCACAGCCUGGGCUGGUUCUUCAUGGACCUAAGGACACCGGACACAGCGCUACGAUGGAUCAAACUCGUCAACUCCAAGUACUCUGGUGAGAUCCACGUGAGCAGUCAGUUGCGGAAAGCGCCGCCCUUUCCAUCAUCGAUACCACCACCGCCACCCCAGCAACACGACCUACCAGUAGUCCCACCCACAACAACCGACGAAGACGACUGCUUGGACAUUGGCGACGAUCCCGACGCCAUCUACGUGCUGUCGAUCGUCGUGGAAGGCGCGACGCACAUGGGUCCCAUGGUGGAAGCACUGCUUAAGCGGUGUUCUCCGCUGGAACUGCAUGCGAUCCUCGCCAAAGGCUUCUGGCUCAGCUACUCCAUCUUCGACGUGGUCGUGCAAACCGACGUGUUUCACACGCUGGACGUCGCGGGCUUCGACGUCAUCCGCGACUCGUUCCGCCUCAAGAGCUCGCUUCCCGCCCUCGCCGCCCUCUUCACCGACAUGGCCGUGCUGCCCAUGUUCCUCUGCACCGUGGACCGCAUCCUCUGUCGCACGGAAAUUCCUGUCGCCAACUGGUUGCCAUCGACAGACCUUGGCAGGUUAGCUGCUUCUUCAUCUGAACUACGAACCACGCCACCAGCUCUUCAACUCAAGGGUCCGUAUCCGUUUCUGGCGUCGCAUGAAACCAAAGGUACGGCAAUUUAUAUAUAUAUUACUAGUAUACAUUAUAUAUAA